CACUGCUAGAAGGGUGCUCCAGACAUUGGUUACAGACGCUCGGGUGAGCAGCUGCAGCAAGAGGCUUGGAUUUGUUCACCAGGGACACCAGCCACAAUGACCUGCCCAUUCCCCAGAGUCCUGGGACCUCUGGCCCUCCUGAUGGUGGUGCUGCUGGUGCACGGGGAGUUACGAAUAGAGCCGGGAGGACAGCACAGAGAAGAUGGGACAGCGGUGCAGCAGGUCAGAAGGAGGUACAAACGUGAAUGGGUAAAAUUUGCUAAGCCCUGCAGAGAAAGAGAAGACAACUCCAAAAGAAACCCAAUUGCCAAGAUCACUUCAGAUUUCCAAGCAACCCAGAAAAUUACAUACCGAAUUUCUGGGGUGGGAAUUGAUCAGCCCCCUUUUGGAAUCUUUGUUGUUGACCCAAACAAUGGUGAUAUUAACAUAACAGCCAUAGUUGAUCGUGAAGAAACCCCAAGCUUUCUGAUCACAUGCCGAGCUCUAAAUGUCUUGGGACAAGAUGUAGAGAAACCGCUCAUACUAACAGUGAAAAUUUUAGAUGUCAACGACAAUGCUCCGAUAUUUUCACAAACCAUAUUCCAGGGUGAAAUUGAAGAAAAUAGCGCUUCAAAUUCACUGGUAAUGAUCCUAAAUGCCACGGAUGCAGAUGAGCCAAACCAUUUGAACUCUAAAAUUGCCUUCAAACUCGUCUCCCAAGAGCCUGCUGGCAUGCCCAUGUUCCUCAUCAGCAGAAACACUGGAGAAGUCCGAACUUUGACCAGUUCUCUUGAUCGAGAGAGCAUCGGUAGCUACCGUCUGGUUGUGAGUGGCACAGACAAUGAUGGCGCAGGCCUGUCGACUCAGUGUGAAUGUAGUAUUAAAGUGAAAGAUGUCAACGACAACUUCCCAGUGCUUAGAGACUCUCAGUAUUCCGCACGUAUCGAGGAAAAUACUUUAAAUUCUGAGUUACUCCGAUUUCAAGUGACAGACUGGGAUGAAGAAUUCACAGACAACUGGUGGGCUGUCUACUUCUUCACCUCUGGCAAUGAGGGCAAUUGGUUUGAAAUUGAAACAGAUCCCAGAACCAAUGAAGGCAUCCUGAAGGUGGUUAAGGCUCUGGAUUAUGAGCAAAUGCAAAGCUUGCAAUUUAGCAUUGCUGUCAGAAACAAAGCUGAAUUCCACCAGUCUGUGAUCUCACAGUACCGAGUGCAGUCAACUCCUGUCAUAAUUCAAGUCACCAACGUCCAAGAAGGAAUUUCAUUCCGUCCUCCUUCCAAGACAUUUACCGUGCCAAGGGAUGUAAGCACUAACAAACUGGCUGGCUAUAUCCUGGGAACAUAUCAAGCUACCGAUGAGGACACUGGCAAAGCUGCCUCAUCUGUCAGAUAUGUACUGGGCCGAAAUGAUGGAGGUUUGCUUGUUAUUGAUUCAAAAACUGCUCAGAUCAAAUUUGUCAAAAACAUCAACCGAGACUCUACUUUCAUAGUUAACAAGACAAUCUCAGCUGAAGUUCUGGCCAUAGAUGAAAACACUAAAAAGACGUCCACAGGCACAGUAUUUGUCGAAGUGCCCAGUUUUAGUGAAAACUGUCCAUCAGUUGCCCUCGAGAAGGAAGAGAUCUGUAGUUCCUCACCAUCUGUGGUUGUCUCGGUGAGAACCCUGGAGAGGGGUGGAUACACUGGUCCCUACACCAUGUCACUGGAGGAGCAGCCUCUGAAACUGCCUGUCGUGUGGAACAUCGGAAUGAUGAAUGCUACCUCAGCACUUCUGCGAGCCCAGCAGCAGAUGUCUCCAGGAGUAUACAGUGUCCCAGUCAUCGUGAAGGACAAUGAGGGCAGGCAGUGUGACACACCAGAGAUCCUGACCCUGACAGUGUGUCAGUGCGAUGACCGGAGCAUGUGCAGAGCCCCUUUCCCCAGCAGAGGACCUAUGAUAUACAGGGAGUCAUCCUGGAGGCUGGGGCCUGCCGCCAUUGGAUUGAUCCUGCUAGGACUCCUGAUGUUGCUGUUGGCCCCUCUUCUGCUGCUGACCUGUGACUGUGGGGCAGGCCCCAUUGGAGGAGGAGCCGCGACAGGUGGCUUUAUCCCGGUGCCUGAUGGCUCAGAGGGAACAAUCCAUCAGUGGGGAAUCGAAGGAGCCCAGCCUGAAGACAAGGAAAUCACAAACAUUUGUGUGCCUCCUGUCACAGCCAAUGGAGCGGGUUUCAUGGAAAGCUCUGAAGUUUGCACAAAUACGUAUACUGGAGGGACAGUGGUGGAAGGAGCUUCAGGAAUCGAAAUGACCACCAAGCUGGGAGCAGCUACAGGAUCAGGAGCUGCGGGGACGCUUGGGCCCUGUUCCUUGGGUCAUUCAGGAACGAUGAGAACAAGGCAUUCCACAGGAGGGACCUUGAAGGACUAUGUUGUUGCACCAGUGAACAUGACUUUCCUAGGUUCCUACUUUUCUCAGAAAUCAUUCGCCUAUGCUGAGGAAGAGGAUGAGCAGGAAGUGAAUGACUGUUUGCUGAUAUACGAUGACGAAGGCGAGGAUGCUGGCCCCUGUUCGCCUGCGCUCAGCUCCUGCAGCUUUUGCGCCGAUGACCUAGAUGACAGCUUCUUGGAUUCCCUUGGCCCCAAAUUUAAAAAGCUUGGAGAUAUAUGUCUUGGUAUUGAUGAUGAAGCCAAGCAGGCAAAGCCAGGACCUAAAGACAGUGGUUCUGGGGCAGAUAUCUGUGCUCGCUCUACAGAAGUCCCUCUGGCAGGUCCUUCCAGGUACCAAACUUUGCCUGGCAGUCUGGAGGCUCCCCAGUCCAGUUCCCAAAGACACCAGACUCUGUCUGGAGGUCAGGACUUCCCUCAGAUGGGUUCUCAAAGGUACCAGAUUCUGUCUGGAGGUCAGGACGUCCCUCAGAUGAGUUCUCAAAGGUACCAGACUCUGUCUGGAGGUCAGGAUGUCCCUCAACUGAGUUCUCAAAGGUACCAGACUCUGUCUGGAGGUCAGGACGUCCCUCAGUCAGGUUCUCAAAGGCACCAGACUCUUUCUGGAGGCCUGGACAUCCCUCAGUCAGGUUCUCAAAGGCACCAGACUCUGUCUGGCAGUCAGGAUGCUUCUGUUGUGUUCACUUCUGGGUCUGUCCACCCUGCCAUUGCCAUCCCUGACCCUCUACAGCUUGGUGACUACUUGCUCACAGAAGCACACUCAGCAUCAGGGUCCUUCCUGCAGCCCACCACUGCCACCUUUGAGCCACGCCUCACCCAGAGUGUCACGGUAACAGAGAGGGUAAUGUGCCCCCUUCCCAGUGUCUCUGGUAGCAUAGUGGCUCCCACAGAGCUACGAGGUUCAUACAGUAUGCUCUACACAAAAGAAGCCUGCUCCCAUUUAUGACCAAAGCAAAAUGGAAAACAUAACAACCAAAUUUGGAUAUUUUUACCCAAAUAUGUUUUAUAAGAUCUAGCAAAGCUUGUGGUAUUGAAUUAAUUUGGCUUUUUGAAUAAUCUCUGAUCAUGGUUAUAUUUCAAAUACUCUGAUUCAUAUAACAAAGCUGGGUAUGUUGUCAUUACUAAUUCUCUGAUUUUUUCCCAGCAGGAAUAAACCUAUAUAUUUUCUAUAAGUAUCUUAAGAUAUUAGAUAGGGAAUGUUCCUAAGCAUCUUUACAGUUCUUUACUAUCAACGUCAAAGGAAGAUGCUGUCACCUUAAAACACACUGUGGGUUAGUAGAUUGGCUUCCUUCUUGGAGUCCAGGUCCCUGUCUCUAUCAUUAAUACGGAUAUUAUUAACAGCCAGGGGAGUCUGAGGUACAUGACAAAAUUUUCUGGGCAGCUUGGAGCAAAGGUAAUAGAUGUAGCUGAGGGGCUUUGUCUUCUUGGUGAGAGAUCUCAAAUCUUUUGCUCAAGCCCGGGGCUGUGGGUGAAUAUGUUUAAAUCACUGCAUCUAUAUUCUAUGUAUGCUCACAAUAAGACAGUUUUAAAAUACAAAUAGCAUAGAACCUGUAAGAAGGUUUAGUAAUGGUGUAAAUAGUAUUCUGUGUGGAUUUUGAGCUAGCCCAAGAAAAUGCAAUUUAAUACAGAAAUACAUGCUCCCUCGCAGACACUCCUCAAAUGUUAAUCCUGUGUAAGUCUUUUAAAAAGAAGUCCUUAUUGUGAGUGCCAGCCAGUAGGAAUGACUCACAGAAGAUAUGCAGUGAGGUUUGUUACGUUAACAAUGUCGAUCAGGGUUUGCAGGAGUAGAAAAAGCACAGCUUCUCUUCUAAGCAAAAAGGCCUAUGAACUAAUAAAAUAGCAGGUAGUGAAAUGUGUGAGCGUGCGCCAUUUUAGGAAAAACAGUGAAAAAGGGAAUUGAGCAGCUGUAGCAAUUUAAUGCUAAGUAGCAACGUAAAUGCUAAGUGUGCAGAUGCUAUGUGAGUGAAUGUUUAGAGCAGCGGUUCUCAGCCUUCCCAAUGCUGUGGCCCUUUAAUACAGUUCUUCAUGUUGUGGUGACCCCAAUCAUACAAUUAUUCUACUUCAUAACUGUACUUUUGUUACUGUUACGAAUCGCAAGGUAAAUAUCUGAUAUGCAGGAUAUCUGAUAUGUGGCCCCUGUUAAAGGGUCAUUCAACACUGUCCUGCAAAGGGAUCAUGACCCACAGGCUGAGAACCACUGGUUUAGAACACAUUUCAUGAGAGUCACCCUAACAGUAGUACAGUUCUUCCAGCCAUUUCUGGUUAUUCAUGAUCUCCCCUUUUAGCCCACAAAGAAUAUUCUACCUCCCUGCUUCUCGACAUUAUUGUCUUAGCUGAGUCUUUCCAAGGCCAUUGUCCAGCUCAAUUAUUUCGAAUUGCUUGAAAAGUAGGUCUUUUAAUUUUCCUUUUUUGUUGUCGAUGUUGGUUUUUGUUGGUUAGUUGGUUUGGUUUUGUUUUUCCUUUUUGAGGCAGGGUUUUGCUGUAGCUAACCUGGCCUGGAACUUGCCAUGUAGUCAAGCUGGUCUUGAACUUGGGAUCUUCCCGAUAGCGUCCUGAGUGCUGAGACUGUAGGCAUGAGCCACCACAUACAACAGAUAUUUUUUCACAAUAAAAGCUUUAAAAUGUUUUCCAGAUACUGACUAUUAACCAGUUAUGUUUUAACCCUAAAAGUAAAUAUGGUCUAAAGAUAAUGAGGGUGAAACAAAACACCUAGAUGUCACUAUCCUUAGUCCCUGUCCCUUUUGUAGCAUUGUGGCUCCCAGGAAGGUAUGCUUAGGACAGACAGACUGAGAAGCUUAAGCAGCCCACAUUUCCAAAACAAGGCUUUCAUCACGCCUGUGCCAGUGAGGGCAGCCCAGCCUAUGGGGCAGCCCACCUCUCAAUUCUGCACAGCAGCUUGCUUGGAUCCAGACUACAGACACUGGUCUGUGCAUCUGCGUUUCCAUGAAUGCUAGAUUAACAAUAAGAACAGUCCUUACUCCAUCUGCAAAGGUGGACUCGGGUUUCCCCGAGCAUUUUAACUUUAGCUCUUAAACCCAACGUAACAGAUGGGAAUUUGGAGCCAGACAUGCCUACAACCCAGCAAUUGGGAGAUGGAGAGGAGAAGACCAGAAGUUCACACUCGUCCUCAGUCACAUAGCUAGCCGGGCUACCUGAGACCUUGUCUCAAACCAAAGGUUAGAAAGAUAACCUCAAAAAUGGAUGUGUGGCUGCAUCACUGAAAUGCAGAGGAAACCGGGUCACAGUGGUAAAACUGAUGUAGAUGAAAACCUAAAUGCGUUUUUGAGUUUGAAAAUGUAUUGAUCUUUGGAAUGACCUAGAAGUUCUCUUCAUUUGUAACAAUGUUUCUGUAUUUUUUAUUAAAAAAUAAAACAAAGUUUCUUUAAGCAGAAAA